CCAACCCGUCAAACCCGCACACCCCGUCGUCAACACCCGGUUCCGUGUAGCCAAGCUCACUACUUUUAAGUAUUGAGUGUAGUUGAUCUAUCGGCCGUUUUCCCGUGUGCGUUUCUUAUUAUUUUUUUUUCCACUUUUUCAAUACGCGAUUCCCCCCCUCAUGCACUUCCUACCGUCAUAAUCCGUUGUGUCUGCCGUCGCCGCUCAAAUCACCAACCAUUGCCCCGCGAAAACAAAACCGUUUCGUCGCGCGCACGACAACCAACGCCGUCACCCUCAUCAUCCCCGAUAAAGGUCUGUUGUCGUCGUCGCCGCCGGUGAAACAGGACCAAAGCAAUAGUAAUAGCAGUAGUAGAAGUAGCAGUAGCAGCGGCAGUAUCAGUGGUUGUAACAGCAACUAUACCAACAACAACAACAACAAUAACGACAAUAACAACAGUAGCAGCACCACCAGUAGCCGUCGCCGCCGCCGCCUCCUCCUCCAUACGCCAUAUACGAUUAACGCCGCGCCGACUUUAGCAGCGGCAGCAGCAACAGCUAUAACAACAACGGCAGUAUCCUCGACAGACGCAGAAAUGGAGCCCCAAGACACGAGCAUGACGAACCUGAUAAUCAACUAUCUACCACAGUCGAUGACCGAUAAAAAACUGCACCAAAUGUUCACCCAGAUCGGACAAAUCGAAGCGUGUCGGGUUAUGAAAGACGUCAAAACUGGAUAUAGUUUUGGUUUUGGUUUUGUCAACUUUGUUCGUCCUGAAGAUGCUUCUAGAGCUAUUGAGGUAAUGAAUGGUCUCCAAGUUGAAAAUAAACGUUUAAAAGUAUCUUAUGCUCGUCCUGCUGGAGAAGAUAUCAAAGAUACAAACCUUUAUGUUCAAAAUUUACCAAGAUCAAUAACAGAAAGAGAACUUGAAGAUCUAUUUGCUCCUUAUGGUCAAAUUGUUCAAAAAAAUAUACUUAAAGACAAAUAUAGUGGACUUCCUAGAGGAGUAGCUUUUGUUCGUUAUAACAAAAAAGAAGAUGCCCAAAAAGCAAUUAUUCAGCUAAACGGUGUUUUGUUGGAAGGAUGCACAGAGCAUCUAUCAGUGAAAAUAGCAGAGGAACAUGGCAAACAAAAGGCAGCUUAUUUGGCCGGUCUGCAAACUGGUUUAGCGCACAGAGGGGCUAAAAAUCUACAAAAUAUGCAUCAAUUAAUCAGAGCUAAUCAUGUUAUUGACAAGUAUCCCAAUCCAUUGUUGCAGCAUGUUGAAAGACAUACUAUUGGUGCUUUGCGCCAAGAUAGGGCUAGUUACCGCCAUACACCAGUUGGUUUGUUUCCAUCGCCACAUGGCUACAAUGUUGGAAUCGGCAAUGAGAACAUUUAUUAAUGUGCAUCACUUUCUGAUAAUAUUUUUGUACAAAAUUUAAGGUUUUUUUCUUUUUAAUGUAAAUUAAAUUAAUAUAAUAUAUAAAUAUAUAUAUAUUAUAUAAUAUAACCUAUCUCCAUAAUUUAAAAUUGCUCGAUACAUUUAUGAA